UGACUUUUCCUGGUGGGCCCCAUUGGCAGGCCUCACUGUUCAUCGAUGGCGCCCUUGGCAGGAACUGAGGGACAGUGGCAGCCAUGCCUUCCCCUGCUCCAGCCGCUCCUUCCACCGUCUGCUAACCUGCGUGCUGUGGGUGCCCCGGCGACCCCCAGAGGACUGAUCAUCUGAGCCAGCUUCACUCCACGUACUGAGUCCCUCAAGAUGUGGCUGGAGUGGCUGGUGGCCUGGAGCUGGUCUCUGGAUGGCCUGAGGGACUGUAUUGCCACUGGCAUCCAGUCCGUGCGGGACUGUGACAGCACAGCUGUCGUCACCGUGGCCUGCCUGCUGGUCAUGUUUGUGUGGUACUGUUACCAUGUGGGCCGAGAGCAGCCUCGACCCCAUGUGUCCGUCAACUCCCUCCUGCAGGGAGUGGACGCCAACGGGCUGCAGAACGGGUCCACGUACUGCCAGUCACCCGAGUGCGUGCGCUGCACGCACCACGAUGGCCUCAACCAGAAGCUUUACCACAACCUGCAGGAGUACGCCAAACGGUACUCAUGGUCCGGCAUGGGCCGCAUCCACAAGGGCAUCCGGGAGCAGGGCCGUUACCUCAGCAGCCAGCCCUCCAUCCAGAAGCCCGAGGUCUUCUUCCUGCCUGAUCUCCCCACUACGCCCUACUUCUCCCGGGACGCCCAGAAGCAUGACGUGGAGCUAUUGGAGCGGAACUUCCAGGCCAUCCUCUGCGAGUUCGAGACACUCUACAAGGCCUUCUCCAACUGCAGCCUCCCGCAGGGGUGGAAAGUGAACAGCACCCCCAGCGGGGAGUGGUUCACCUUUGACUUUGUCAACCAGGGCGUUUGUGUCCCCAGGAACUGCAGGAAGUGCCCACGGACGUACCGCUUGCUCGGCAGCCUCCGGACCUGUAUUGGAAACAAUGUUUUCGGGAACGCCUGCAUCUCGGUGCUGAGUCCUGGGACUGUGAUCACGGAGCACUAUGGACCCACCAACAUCCGCAUCCGGUGCCACCUAGGUCUGAAGACUCCCAAUGGCUGUGAGCUGGUGGUGGGGGGUGAGCCCCAGUGCUGGGCGGAAGGCCGCUGCCUGCUCUUCGAUGAUUCCUUCCUGCACACUGCAUUCCAUGAAGGUUCCGCAGAGGACGGCCCACGGGUGGUCUUCAUGGUGGAUCUCUGGCACCCCAACGUGGCAGCUGCCGAGCGGCAGGCCCUGGACUUCAUCUUUGCUCCAGGACGAUGAGUGAGGACGUUGCCUGGGCUGGAGCCAGGCUGAGUGGGACCCAGGUGGGCUGUGGGGACAGCUCAGUCCCUGCCCUGAUCCACACUGGACGCUUGAGUGGCUUCCUGCCACGGUGGGAGCCCUCUUUCCUUUGGUUACUGGGAACUUCCUAGGUUUCUUUUCCCUUCCAGUUAUUUGCUGGGACUUCUGGCCUACUAGUGUGUCCCUUUGGCUGUGACCAGAGACUCCGUGUCCCUCAAGUCUGUGACUUUGCUACCUGGUGUCUCCUUCUCCGUGUCCCGGAAUAGAGUAACCAAAUGGCCACUUGUCUGAAUGUAAUCAUCUCAAACUCUGUAGCUGUCUCAAGAGGAAAAAUCAAAGCAGCACAGACCGCAAGCCAUCGGGCCCGACAGCUUGACCUCUGAUGUUGGGGUUCGGAGGACCCUUCACUGUCCCAGAGCAGGAGCUGGCCUGCAGCCCGCACACCUGGUCGGCUUCAUUAGGGCCUUGCCAAACACCAUCAGGGUGGUGCGUAGGUCGGGGCCCGGGGAAUCUGUCAUUAUUGCUGUCACACAAAGUCUGUCAGAGUCCUGGUAGCUUGUGACCAGGGCCUUUGUUUUAACCACAGCUUCCUACAGAGCUGAUGACCAGUGAGGGCGCCCAGGUCAGCACAGAACAGGGAUACACUUAGCUCACUGCCUACCGAAGCCUACUGCCAAGCCAGGCCUGACACAUGCUGCUGUUGUGGUUGGGAGUCCACCGAGAUUGGCCAGAAUCAUGCCAGGCUGAACCUCUGCCACCAACCAUGUGACCAGAGUGUCCAUCAUGCUUUGGAGUCUGUUGCCCUAGAGUUGGCAUUUAUUUAUGUGUAUUUAAAUGUUCAAAUCCUAGACUCGGAGACAGCGAAGAGUCAGCCCCAUGUUGGUCAAAACAGUGACUCAAGCCCAUGUGGGCCUGAGGACGCUGAAGAGAGCUACAGACCCCUGGAGCCACAGACAUGCCACUGGCCUUUGGUCUCCAGAGAAAACACACAGUUCUCUUCCCAAAGUGAAGGCUAGCCGGAGGCCCAGCUAGAUGUGAGAAUGUAAUCAGCCAGCCAUUCUCAGGACACUUUGGGAGUAGUGGCCCAUGGGCAUUGUCCAGAGCAGGACACAAUGGGCAACUUGCCUUAUGUAAUGCUGGUCCAGGUCCAGUGUUAGGUCCAAAUGAAAACCUGACACCUCUAGAAGGUAAUUGGAUGAAGUCAGUCCACAAUGGGAGGGAAACACACCUAGAACAUUUCUGUGCUCAGAGUCGGGAAGGGAACUACCGGGCUCCGGAGCUGCUGCACUCGGGGUCUCAGCAGAGACCUACAAAGUGCACGAUUUCCACGUAUCCCAGCUGCCCCCACCACACACCGAGGACAUGGCUGGGGAACAGGAA